GCUGCCCACCAAUAAAUUCUAUAUCACGACCGCUCUCCGGUCAACAACCUCCUCUCUUCAUCACUGUGCAGCCUGGUCAAUCAUCGUUGUGCGUUUAGCCACAAUCGUUGCUUCUGUCUUUCCGCGAGCACCAGUGAUUGAUUCCAGUGAGCUCCUCGCCUAGCUCCUCUCCGCAACGAACGACUCCGCAGGCACCACAUCGCAGCUGAACGAGUUGUCAAGAGCUGGUCGCGCCACGUACAUCCCGAGCUACGUGCUGUAGAAGAUGGCGGCAGAGAGCAACGGACGAGGGGCGGACCCUGGGAAAAAUGGACAUAUUGCCGUGUCCAAGUCGAAGACAACAAGACCGAACAAGGGAUACAGUCUCUUCAGCAUAAUUUCUAGGUUACUCACAUGGUACUCCAUUUUCACGAUUAUAUUCCGAUGUCCAGCAACGGUCGACCUCCUCACAGAGUCAUCACCUAAGAUUUGCAAACCCUACUUCCAACUGCGUUCCGCCGUUGCACCGCAUCUCGAACCAUACUACGUUGUGUACGCUGCCCCAUACGUGGAUGUAGCGCGUCCGUACUACAAAACGCUCGACAGGAGAGUGAUCACGCCUGCUAAAGUGCUUGGAACAAAGUAUGGAGCUCCGCGUGUCGCGCAAGCACAAGCAUAUGGGCAAGCCCAGUGGGAAAAGAAUCUGCAACCACAAGUCCUGAAAUAUCAGGGACUUGCGAAGGAAAAGUACAACCAAAUUCUGGCGCCACAUCUGGAGAAAGUAGUCACUACUCUUCGACCCUACUAUGACAUUGCCAGAACAAAUGCGCUUCAGACGUACUACGGACAUAUUCUUCCCACAUACACCGUGAUACAGCCGUAUGUUCUACAAGGUUAUGGUAUUGCCAGCGAGUUUACACUGAAUACUGCGAUCCCCUAUUCGAAGUGGGCAUGGGCAACCGGCAGGACCUUUUUCGAGCGCACAGUCUUCCCAAAAAUUCGAAUCCUUUACGGCGAGAAUGUAGAGCCCCAAUUGGUCAGAAUUGGUGAGCGCCUGGGGAGAUAUCGGGAUGGAAAGAAACUGAAGGCAGCUAUUGAUGAAAUUGCCCGCUCAUCCGCGUCCUCUGCAUCCUCCAGCUUUUCGUCGGUAUCUACUUCCAUCUCUGCUACACAUGCUACAACUCCUACUCCACCCAUGACAUCAGGGGGAAGGGCUGUUACAUCAACUUCAUCAGAAUCUGUUGUAGGAAACUACCCAUCUAGUGAGCAGGAAAUACGCGAGAAGGCGCAGAAGGUCGUGGCCAAUGACCUCAAAACAUGGCAGGAGAAAUUCGCAAAGGCUGCAGACGAGGGCUCCGACUACCUCGAAGAACGAAUAAUUGAGAUUACAGACAGGUUGAUUCAAAAUCAGGCUCAGAAGGUUGGGACAGCACUCAACAUUCAACUGGAAGAGACCGUCAGAUCAAGCCUGGAGAACCUAAAAAGCACCAUUCUUUCCAUCGUAGAAAGCACCAACAGCAGCGAAGAGAAGGAAGAAUCACUCAAUUCUGCGGUUCGCAAGGCUGGCAUUUCGAUCAAGGAAAAGGCACAAGCGGUUCGAACAUGGAGACAAAGCUACGACAGGGAGACCAACUCUCUCGUCAGCACAUCGGCUGCAGACACAUUCGAGAUCCUGGAUCACAUUCGUGACCUCGGCUUACAAGAGAUAGGGAUGCGGUGGGCCUGGACCGACGGCAUCACCCACAGGGAUUGGGCUAAAUACCACAAAUUGAAGACCAAGUUUGACGAAUGGCGUCUCGAUGUCGAAAAGAUUGUAGCUGAGCAUCCGGGUGUUGAGAAGGCUCGAGCCGCGGCACGGGAGGUUGAGAAUCAGGCGAUGGGUACUGCCGAAGAAGCUGCUAAAGAAUUGGCCCGUAUCAAAGAGACAGGACGAUGGAAAAUACACACUAAUGAUUCCAGCGAUGACUGGAGCACGAAGACUAUGCCCGUGGCGGCAGCUAUAGCCGACCAAGAAAUCAAGGAGAGUGUAAAUGAGGCCAGCGAGGCUGACGUUGGUACUUCUCAGGGUACCAUGGAAUCCGUGGCUUCGGUGGCCAGCUCAUCGGUCUCUGAUGCGGUCUUUUCGGCCUCUUCAAUCGCGGCUGCACAAGUUUCGAAUGCUCCGAGUGCAGCCCAGGAUCUUAGUAAGAGCGCCAGCAGUGUCGCAUCAUCACUCUCGUCCAACGUUCGUGGUACCCAACAAGGAGAUGCCGAAAGUAUUACCUCUGUCGCGAAAGAGACCGCUAGCACCGUUGCCGAUGAAGCAUCUGACUCGAUCAUCGGGGGAUCACAAGAAAGCGUGGGGGAUGUUUCCUCAAUUGGCAUUGAGAAUGCAAGCAACCUGUCGGCCGAGAUGUCCUCAUCGGUUGUUGGAACUGGGCCUGAAGUUCUACAAGAAGCAUCAAGUAGCAUCAGACCUGCUGUUUCAGUGGUAUCCGACUCGGCAUCAAGUGCAUCAAGCGACGCCGGUUCUUCGAUUUCUUCUGUCAGCAGCAAAGCCUCGGAGAGCACUUUAGACGCGUCGAGUUCAUACGAUCCUGCCUCGUCUACUGUAGCAAGCUCAGUAUCUAAGAGUGCUUCAGAUGCCUCUAGCUCUCUCGGCUCAGCAGUUUCGUCUGCAUCGAGCACAGCUUCAAAUAAGGUUUGGGGCGGCGCCAUGGCCCAAUCGGUUGAAGCCAAGCAGAUUGUCUUCGAAGAUGUCAUCGAAGACCGUGACGAAGACUCUUUCAGUGAAAAUAUUCAAAGUAUGGUUAGCGAGGCCGGCGACAAAUUCGGCGAUAUCACCAAGGCCGUCAGCGAGGCUUUACUCAAACCCACCAGCACCGGUGGUACCGUGGAAACUCUGACAGUUCUUGCUGCGGAUCAAUACUCCAGCGCUCUUUCUGCUGCCAGCGUUGCACUCUAUGGCACCGAAAAGGGAACAGGGGAGAGCAUCUCAAGCGUCGUUACAAGUCGCUAUGCUGAUGCCGUUUCUGCUGCCAGUGUAAUCAUCCACGGCACUCCCACACCUCUCACAAACGCCGUUCAUAGCUCUGCUGACUCUGCCUUCUCUGUCGCAACAGCAGCCGCAGAUUCGGAUGCGCAAGCCGCAUUUACCACUGCUUCAUCGGCGUACUACGGACCUCCUCAAGGGGCAAUUGAGUCUAUUUCUUCAGUGGCCUCUUCGAAGCUGUCACAGGGGCUCAGUGCUGCUUCCGCUCACUUUGAGAACGGCAAGAGUUACGUAAAUGCAAUUUCAACUGGCUCACCAGAGAAGCAAAAUUUACUCUCACAGAUGCAAAAUCAGUAUUAUGCUGGAGUUGGGAUGGCUCAUGCUCGAUAUUCCGAGUUCAUUGAUGCAGCUUCUUCAGCAAUCAUGCCAACCCAAACACCUCUCCACGAGAGUAUCUCCAGCAGAGCAAACGAGAGCAUUUCCUCUGCCUUUUCCAAAAAAGCCCAGUCGGGCGCAUCCGAGGUAUCUUCAGCGACAUAUGGAACCGAAACACCCGUGAUGGAAUCUGUUGCCUCAGCAGCCAGCUCAAAUUGGGAAGCUCUCAUCACCAAAGCAAGCUUACAAGUGUACGGCCAACCGUCCCCCGACUUUGUUACGCGAAGUCUCCUCUCUGAAGCCGGAGAGUAUGCGAUGUCUGCAGCUGACAGUGUUGCAUCACAAUAUUCAGCCGUCACCGAUGGUGUUGCCUCUCAGUAUUCCGCAGUUCAAUCGCUCAUCAGCGAGCUCGUCUCGGGAAAAGAGCCCGACUUCACCGAAAGCGUCUACUCCCGCUUGAGCUCAGCCUAUUACACUGGAGCUACCGACGCCGCCUCCUCUGCUUCCUCAUAUGCUAGUGAAGUAUAUGCAUCCGCUACCUCAGUUGUAGGCUCUGUCUUCACUCCUCCACCUGCCAUCGAGGCGAUUUUGGACGCAGCCUCAUCCCGUGUUAAUGAUGCUGUCGAAGCUGCAUCGAUCCAAUUCUAUGGCACCCCCAAAGGCGCCUAUGAACAAGCGUCCUCAUCUGCAGCCUCGGCUUAUUCCUCCAUCCAAAGUGUAGUCUCAGAAAAGGUGUACGGAACUCAGACAGGUUACGCGGAAGCAGCGCAAAGCUCCAUUGCGGAAGCUGCCUCUUCCGCCCAGCGAGCGAUUUCAGAAGCGAUCUACGGGACAUCAACCGGAACAUACGAAUCUGCAACCAGCGCUGUAGGUGAGGCCUACGCGUCUGUCACUUCCUACGUGGGGGACUCGUACGCGAGUGCCAGUAUCGCAGUCAGUUCAGCAAUCCAUGGGCCGGAGCAAGGCGCGGUUCAAAGUGCUCAGAAAAGACUGGGUGAGGCUGUUGAGAGUGCAAGGGUCAAAUUAGCGGAAUUCGCAACUGCGGCCGGAGAGGGUGCGAGCGAGGCGGUGAGAAGGGCAAGUGAAGGCGUUGAGGAGUUUGCUAGCAGUGUUAGUAGCGCGGUAAAUUCGGCGUCGAGUCAUGUCAAGGAUGAGCUUUGAGGCACGAACUCUGAAGCACACUUGAAAGGAAAACUCGAAAUUAAUAUGACGGGGUGUAAAAAAGAAUCGAUUUGGGGUUGGAGGUUGGGGCCGACAUGCACGACUUGGCAACGAACAGAACGGUGUAUUUUGCAUUGUUGGCAUUCUGCUUUUGUGUGCUGCUAGCGUCGUUGGUUUGAAGCUUUUACCGUUCUUUUCUUGUUAGCGAUAUCCCCUCCGUAUGUAUGUAUGUACUUAUGCUUCACGAUGAAAUCGAUCAUGGCGUUCUUUGUCCUUGCCUCGAAGUUGGGUGUCUAAUUAAGUCAUGGAAAGGCUCAUGAUGCCUACAAGCUUGCAGUCAAAAAGCAGCGUCUUCAGUAAACAGACCACCUCAUAUAUGUAAUAAAAUGGAGGUUCUACAACAGUUGAAACAUGGAAGCUGGC